UCUCUCUCUCUCUCUCUAAGUUUGAAUCAAAUGUGAUCAAACAACUUUCUUCCUAUGUUAAAACAGUUCUCAGUCCAUUAGCCUAUUAGCAGCAAACUCAAGACAGAGAAGAAACCAGAGAAAAAUGCUCUCUCCAUUCCUAUUCCCUCUUCACAUUCUGCUGCUAUUCAUCUUCUCCACCAAUCAACAAUCCUUAGCAGCUGACAACACCACACCUUCCAGCAGCAUGAGCCGUCACGAGCUCGAAACCUUGUACAAGAUCAUGGAGAGCCUCUCGGCCGACCAGGACUGGAGAGUCGCUUACCCGAACCCCUGCCAGCCCGGCUCGGGCUGGCAGGGGAUCGAGUGCAAGCACUCGACCCCGGACAACCUCUUCCACGUCACCCGCCUCGACCUCGGCACCUUUCCCAAUCCGUCUUGCAAGAACUCUGCCACGUUCCCACCAGAAAUCUUCCACCUCCCGAAUCUCGACGCGAUCUUCAUCUUCCAAUGCUUCACCAACGCCCCGACACGAAUCACGAUCCCUCCGAACAACCUCCUCCCGGCCUCCCCUCUCCAGCAGCUCAGCCUGAGAUCAAACUCCGCACUCAUUGGCACAAUCCCACCUCAAAUUUCCACUCUAAAGUCCCUCCAAAUCCUCACAUUGUCCCAGAACCGGCUAAUGGGGCCAAUCCCGACCGAGAUCUUCACCUCCAGCGCCCUCGUGCACCUCGACCUGAGCUACAACGCCCUCACGGGCGCAAUCCCAUUAGAGCUAGGGAAUCUUGGAAACCUUGUAGGCCUUGACCUGAGCUACAACAAGCUCACAGGGCCAAUCCCUUCUGCAAUAGGCGAGCUUCGGAUCCUCCAGAAGCUCGACCUCAGCUCGAAUCUCCUCACCGGAACCAUCCCAGACUCCAUCAAUCACCUCCAGUCUCUAGUUUUCCUAGCACUCAGCAACAACAGACUGCAUGGUGCAUUCCCCAAAGGCCUCAUCAACCUCCACAACCUGCAGUAUUUCUUGAUGGACAGCAAUCCCAUGUCCGUUUCCCUUCCCGUGGAACUCGGGCAGCUGAAGAAGCUGCAGGAGCUUCGCCUCUCCAACUCCGGCUACUCCGGCACCAUCCCUUCUGCAUACUCCCAGCUCCUCAACCUCAGCUCUCUGUCACUCCAAAACAACAAACUAUCAGGAAAAAUCCCAGAUGCAUUCUCCAAUCUCUCCCACAUCUACCACCUCAACCUGAGCAGGAACUUUCUAGAAGGUGUUGUCCCCUUCAACUCAACCUUCUUAAAAAGGCUUGGGAAGAACCUGGACCUCAGUGGCAACCUGGGGCUGUGUCUAAGCCCUUCUGCUGCCUAUGAUGGCGUCGAGGUCGGUGUCGGCGUCUGUGGUGACAACAACAGAAUCAGCAGCAAACCAGUCAAGACAUCUGAAGCUGCAUUGCUGCAAUGUUCCACUCUGCUCUUAGCCUUCUUCACCAUUCUAUCAUUUCACCACACAAUCUAUUAUUUCUAGUCUAUUUCUGCCCCAUGUUUAGUUAAUUCAGUUUGUUGUAAUAGAGUGGACUGAACCAGCUUUAUCCAUUCAACCAUUUGACUGUGCAUGCCUCAGCCUCUAAGACAACAAUGCAGGGAAAGUCAUUA